AUGGAUAGGUACGGACAUAUAGCUCAUCAAGAAGGCAAUGUUUGUUAUUAUAUCCCAAGGUUGUUCAAAUACAACACUUAUUAUAGUGGGACAGAGGACGUCCGGGUAUUUGUUGGAGAUUUGAAGUACUGGAUGAGAUCUUCCUUACAAAUUUGUGAAAGGCAUUAUGAUAGGCGGCUAUCUAUGUUAUUCUGGAAAAAUCAUCCUUUACAACAAAUUCACCUUAUUGGCUGCAUAGUUGGGCUUCAGUACAAACGGAUUGGGAAAGAAGAACAAAUUUUCUUUCAAUUGGACGAUUGUACUUCAAACUCUUCAUCAGUGAGUUAUAGUAGUGAUACGAGAUUUUUAACAUGUAAGGUCAAGAGGGACGUCAUUCUGUCAUGCGGAUUGAACAUAACCGAUUUAACAGGCUCAACCCUUCAUGUUUACGGGCAAGUAAGUUUGAGCUAUCAAGAGCUUCAAGUCGAAUAUUUGAAACUAUGCCACACUUUAACGGAAGAAAUAGACCAUUGGAAAAUUACAAUGAACAUGCGUGAGCAACUUGACACACCUUGGUCCCUAAGUGAUUCUAUAGUUGGAGAAUUAUUCACACAAGAGCAGGAGUGGACACCUGAAAAACCGCAAGUUGAGGUAGUAAACCCAGAUUUCAUAAAUUUGGGGUACAAAACGCCAGAAAGUAAAAGAAAUAAAACUACUUUCAUCGAACAACUACAAGAAGAACGCUUAAAGGAUGAAUUGGAAAUUGCUAGCCCAUACAGUAGCACUGAUACUUCAACUAGUGUGCAUUCUUCGUCAUUUCAGUUCGUAUCGUCACUAAAGGACUUUCCUGAAACUCAUUUCUUCCAUACUCCUGAUCAAAUUAACAAUAGUAAUGAGGGACCUUUAAAAACAGUAAAACAUAAUAGCGCUGACUUACCCGUGAUGAUUCCCAAUAAGACAUCAGCAAAAUCAAGUUUAAUGUUGAUCCUAUUAGAACUACGAAUGAAGGAGAUUUCUAACUCUGAUCUUUACGAACUGCAAGAAGUGCGCAGCGUAGUAACUAGUUUAGCGUCGUUUCUGUUCCAACAGCAAAGUGUUGGUGAAAUGAAAUCUUUUGACACUUUGGAAAAAGAGGCGUUUCAGUACUUGGUUGAUCGCCUUGUCAACCAAGGUUUGAUCGAACUGAAAGAUACAACAAGUAAGAUGCUCGGCUUGCUGCCCUUAAAAAAACUAGAUGAAUAUGCUCAAAAACGGAUAUUUGUUCUGAUGAAGCUACAAUGCUAUACAGGGACCGUUCAAUUAAGUCAUGUUCAAGAGAAGCUGCAUUUACCGUAUGUAACAAUGAACGGCAUUGUUGAUGUUUUUAAAGAAUGCCUCAAAAGGACAGCAAUACGAUAUCCUGAGGUACUAAAAAAUUGGUGGAUUGACCUUGAUUCCAAGAAGGGUCUCGAAGGCCAAAGCAGCGGAAUGUUAUUGCAUUUGGAAUACGCAGCAAAUUCGUAA